GUCGGCCCCUGUGAUUCUUAGGGGAUGGUUGUUAACGGCAGUAUGAAAAACUUUUUACGCAACAAUAAUUUUCCGACGUGAGCGUAAUGGAGGCGCUCAGCAAUGGACAUCAACGAUGGAUUUAUUUGUAUCAUUUAUUUAUUAUUUACUAACAUACAACGGUUAGGAAAGGAUGUUGUGAUGUCGUAUAUUUUUAAAAGGAUAUCCAUACUAAGCAUUCCCUGUAUUUAUUGAAAUUAAGCUGGUGUUCACGCGGUAACGCAAGCUUGAGUCGGCGUGUGUGUUACGCGUAGCACACACGACGAGAGAGUGUGCGUAGCCUGCAGCCACGGGCGACAAACGUGUGCACCCGGCAUAAACUAUCUUAUAACUGCAUCGCAGCAUCUUUAGUAAUGGGUCAUCUCGUAUAGCAGCAAAUAAGUGUAUUUGUAGGUGUUGAAAAAUCGGUUUUUAUCGGAAUUUUGAAUGCUUUUUCUUUGUCAAUAGGUGAAACGCUAAAUGGACAGCGUCUCAUAGAAUUUAGACUGGGCUCUGAAGCAGAGUCCGAACAAGGACUGUCCGUAGCUGAGGCGGAGUUAAUGGUGCGCGCUGAGACGGCGCCACGAACGCGCCGCCUACGUUAUACGCUAUGGGCGUUCACAGUACACGGGAAUAGCAGCGUUGGUGAAAUGGCCGGCGCUACAGAAGUCGGCGGCACCAACGGUGGUCGCGGCUGGCAACGACUGGACGUGACAGCAGCAGCGCGGCGCUGGGCGGCGGGCGGUGCGCGCAGCCCGCUGCGACUGCUGCUAGACUGCAGCGGGUGCGCGGGCCGCGUGCGGCUGCGGCUGGGCGGCGCGGCGGCGGCGCGCCCGCUGCUGCGGCUGCGGCUCUCGCCCCGCGCCCCGCGCCGCCGCCGCGCGCUCGACUGCGACGCCGCAGACCACGGCCGGUGCUGUCGACAGACGUACUAUGUGAGCUUCCGCUCGCUCGGUUGGGACGACUGGAUCGUUGCGCCCGAGGGAUAUUACGCCAAUUAUUGCCGCGGCGCGUGCGAGCCCUUCCUCAACUAUCACUCGCAGGUGGUAGAAGCAGCUCGGCUGGAGCGCGCCGCGUGCUGCGCCCCCGUGCGCUUCUCCGCGCUCUCGCUCAUCUACUUCGGCGCCGACUCGAACAUCAUCAAACGCGACCUGCCCGAGAUGGUGGUUGAGGAGUGCGACUGCCCGUAGCGGCUCUGUACAUAGCCUCCGCCGCCCGCCCCGCUCCCCCGCCGCUUUCGCCGCUCGAAUCCGAUUUAAUCCGAUCGAUUAUAAAUAAUAUUCUCGAAUUGUGUAACAUUUUGUUCCUCGCGUUCAAAGACUAUAUCCUAAAUCAAAUGGUGAGUCGCGAACGACUCGCGUCUGCGCUCGAUGUGCUAGAGACUUUAUUCGCCCUGUGAUACAUCGCAUGCGUAGUUUUGAGGCUCCGUUGUUAGAGCUAAAGUUCUAGGCAACAUGCCAAAUUGCCUGAUGAUUGCGCAUGCGAUGAAACGCAGUUGCGACGCACAACCUGAGGCGCCGACACGACUCGUGCGCGACCAGCCUAAAUAAUUUAAUAUGCCGUUUUCUUUCACCACGUUUGGUGAUCGCUUGUAAUUAUUGUAAACUGUAUUAUAAUAAUUAUUAUAAUUAUAAUAAUAAAUCAACUUUUUCAUAAUUA